GAGCGGCGGGAGCGAGCGGGGGCAUUGCACGGACACCCGCGGGACCUGCUCGGGGCCCAGGGCCCGGAGAGCGCUGGUGCCACGGCACCAGGCAGAGCCCCGAUGGCCGGAGAACUGGCAGACAAGAAGGAUCGCGAUGCGUCCCCGGUGAAGGAGGAGAGGAAACGUUCCCGCUCCCCUGAGCGGGAGAGGGAGCGGGACCGGGACCGCAAGAGCUCCCCGGCCAAGGAGCGGAAGCGACACCGAUCCCGGGACCGGAGGCGGAGCCGCUCGCGCUCCCGGUCCCGCUCCAAGUCCACAGAGAGGGACCGGCGGCACAAGGAGCGGGACCGUGACCGCAGCAAGAAGGAUCGGGACAGGGACAAGGAUGGGCACCGGCGGGACAAGGACAGGAAGCGAUCUAGUUUGUCCCCGGGCAGGGGGAAGGACUCCAAGUCUCGGAAGGAUCGGGAGGCACGGAAAGCAGAGGAAGAGGAGGAGAAUGCACUGAAAAAGGAGAAAGCACAGCCGCUGUCCUUGGAGGAGCUGCUGGCAAAGAAGAAGGCAGAAGAGGAGGCAGAAGCCAAGCCCAAGUUCCUGUCCAAGGCCGAGCGGGAGGCCGAGGCCCUGCGGCGGCGGCAGCAGGAGGUGGAGGAGCGGCAGCGGCUGCUGGAGGAGGAGAGGAAGAAGAGGAAGCAAUUCCAGGAGAUGGGCAGGAAGAUGCUGGAAGACCCCCAGGAGCGCGAGCGCCGGGAGCGCCGCGAGCGCAUGGAGCGGGAGACCAACGGGGCUGGGGGGGAUGAUGGGGGGGGUCCCACUGAGGCUGGGGUCCUGCAGGAGCGCUACCUGGGCGGGGUGAAGAAGCGCCGGCGCACGCGGCACCUCAACGACCGCAAGUUCGUGUUCGAGUGGGACGCGUCCGAGGACACGUCCAUCGACUACAACCCCCUGUACAAGGAGAGGCACCAGGUGCAGCUGCUGGGCCGCGGCUUCAUUGCCGGCAUCGACCUGAAGCAGCAGAAACGGGAGCAGUCGCGGUUCUACGGGGACCUGAUGGAGAAGAGGCGGACGCUGGAGGAGAAGGAGCAGGAGGAGUGAGGUUUUCGGAAGCUGCGGAAGAAGGAGGCCAAGCAGCGCUGGGAUGACCGGCACUGGUCCCAGAAGAAGCUGGACGAGAUGACAGACAGGGACUGGCGCAUCUUCCGCGAGGAUUACAGCAUCACCACCAAGGGGGGCAAGAUCCCCAAUCCCAUCCGCUCCUGGAAGGACUCCUCCCUGCCCCCCCACAUCCUGGAGGUCAUUGACAAGUGUGGAUACAAGGAGCCGACCCCGAUCCAGCGCCAGGCCAUCCCCAUCGGGCUGCAGAACCGCGACAUCAUCGGCGUGGCCGAGACCGGCAGCGGCAAGACGGCGGCGUUCCUGAUCCCCCUGCUCGUGUGGAUCACCACCCUGCCCAAAAUCGACCGCAUCGAGGAGUCAGACCAGGGGCCCUACGCCAUCAUCCUGGCCCCCACCCGUGAGCUGGCACAGCAGAUUGAGGAGGAAACCAUCAAAUUUGGGAAACCCCUGGGCAUCCGCACCGUGGCCGUGAUCGGCGGCAUCUCCCGCGAGGACCAGGGCUUCCGGCUGCGCAUGGGCUGCGAGAUCGUCAUUGCCACCCCGGGCCGGCUGAUCGACGUGCUGGAGAACCGGUACCUGGUGCUGAGCCGCUGCACCUACGUGGUGCUGGACGAGGCCGAUCGCAUGAUCGACAUGGGCUUCGAGCCCGACGUGCAGAAGAUCCUGGAGCACAUGCCUGUCACCAACCAGAAACCCGACACUGACGAGGCUGAGGACCCCGAGAAGAUGUUGGCCAACUUUGAGUCCGGCAAGCACAAGUACAGACAGACUGUCAUGUUCACGGCCACCAUGCCGCCGGCGGUGGAGCGCCUGGCCCGCAGUUACCUGCGGCGCCCGGCCGUGGUUUACAUCGGCUCCGCCGGCAAACCCCACGAGAGGGUGGAACAAAAGGUUUUCCUCAUGUCCGAGUCCGAGAAGAGGAAGAAGCUCUUGGCCAUCCUGGAACAGGGCUUCGACCCACCCAUCAUCAUCUUCGUCAACCAGAAGAAGGGCUGCGAUGUGCUGGCCAAGUCCCUGGAGAAGAUGGGGUACAACGCCUGCACCCUGCACGGUGGGAAGGGCCAGGAGCAGCGAGAGUUCGCCCUCUCCAACCUCAAGGCCGGGGCCAAGGACAUCCUGGUGGCCACGGACGUGGCCGGACGUGGCAUCGACAUCCACGACGUCUCCAUGGUGGUCAACUACGACAUGGCCAAGAACAUCGAGGAUUACAUCCACCGCAUUGGGCGGACGGGCCGAGCAGGGAAGAGCGGUGUGGCCAUCACCUUCCUCACCAAGGAGGACUCCACUGUGUUCUACGACCUCAAACAGGCCAUCCUGGAGAGCCCCGUGUCCUCGUGCCCCCCCGAGCUGGCCAACCACCCCGAUGCCCAGCACAAGCCCGGCACCAUCCUCACCAAGAAGCGGCGGGAGGAAACCAUCUUCGCCUGAGGCCCCACUGGCCCCUCUUCGUCACAACAGGACCAGCAAGGCUGCCAGGACUGCUCUGGCUGUUCUUUUCCCAGCUCUUUGUGCAACCCAAGGACUGCCCACAAGCAGAGACUGGCGCUGGGAUUAUCCCAAAAUAUCCCCUCUGUUCUCCUGGUCCCCCUCCCCACUUUCCCCACGGAGCGGAGGAGCUGCUGGAGGCUGUUCGGGGGCCGGUCCCUCCCUGCUGCCAGGGUGGGGCUGGUUUUUUUGGGCUGUUCUGGGAACUGUCUGCACCUCAUCCUUUGGGUUUUUGGGGGUUUUUUGUAGCUGAAGCUCCAGGCUGCAGGGAAUAAACCGGCAGCAGCGUUA